AUGUCCAUCGAACGGGUUCGCCAGAGCGGCCCGCGCUUGAACUUCAGCGAGCCGCCCACCCCGACCAUGAGUCGUCAGAAUACCUCGCCAUACGAGAGACACCACAAGCGUCGCACAACACAUCCGCACUUGCUUUCGUCUCGCAGGAAGCCGAGGAGAUGGCCGCUCGUCUUCCGCUUUAUCAAGGGCGCAAUCCACGCCGAGAUCAUUCUACCCGUUUUUCUGCAUGCAUGGUUCACUGCAUUCGUGGUCUAUCUCGAUACCUAUGUCUUUGAAUCGGUCGGAUUACCCGCUAGCAUUAUCCCAUCCCUCUCCAUCGUCGUGGGUCUAAUCCUCGUCUUCCGCAACCAAACCUCCUACAAUCGCUUCUGGGACGGCCGCAACGGCAUGAGCACACUAAACACCUGUGUCCGCAACCUCUCAAGAACAAUAGUAACAAACAGCUACAACAAGCUCGGCCCACCGACGCCCUCCGAGCGCGAAGACAUAGAGCGCACGAUCCGCAUCCUAGUCGCCAUCCCAUUCGCCACGAAGAACCAUCUCCGCGCGGAAUGGGGCGCCGCAUGGGCUGGCGGCGGCUUUCUCGGAAACGACCUGAACGAGCACGGAGAUGCGGCUUAUAACCCCGAAUAUGCGGGUUUACUUCCAGCCGGACUGGAAGGACACGAAGACGAGGGACUGGGAUUACCGUAUCAGUUGACGUUCUUUGUGGACGGAUUCAUCAAGCGCGGGGAGGGGAGGGGGUGGUUUAGUGCGCCGAGUGCGAGCCAGAUGCAAGCGCAGUUGAAUACGCUUCUUGAGGCGUAUGGGCGGAUGGAGACUAUUAAAUUGACUCCGAUCCCUGUCGCACAUCUGAUUCAUCAGAAACAGGUUCUCGCGCUAUUCGGCUGCGUACUGCCCUUUGCGAUGGUGGAUGAGAUGGGAUGGUGGGCUAUUCCUAUCGUUAGUUUGGUGAUUUUUACUCUUUAUGGUAUUGAGGGGAUUGGCUCUCAGCUUGAGGAUCCCUUUGGUUAUGAUAGGAAUGAUAUCAAUAUGGAUGCUUUGGUUGGUGAUACCAAAACGGAGAUUGAUGUUGUUCUCAGCGAGUGGCGUCAGCAUUGCAAAAUGGUGGAGGGUAGUAUGAAUGUGCGAGGGGGGAGACGCAUGGGAAUCAAUGUUUGGACGCGGGCGGCAAUGGCAAUGGCAUCACGUUGA